CCACGCGGAAAAGCAGAAAAUACGUAUUUGACCACAUGACGGGAAAUACACCACUAAUAACACCGCCGAUGUUCUCGUUUUCGAAGAUAACUUAACCAGGAUUUAUUUUUGAGAGACUGGUGUUGGUUGAUUUAGCAGUACAAUUAAUUACAAUUUCACACUUUGUGUGACGUUUAAAAUUAUUCCGAGAAAAUAUCUGGGAACUAUCCGUGUGUGAAUUUAAUAUCCCAUCAGUCUGUUUUUGUUUUUUUUUAGCUGGGUGAUAUGGCGAGUAACGUCGUCUCCAAGUUGUUUCGUCCACCUGCAUUUUCACCGCUUGUGUGUCUCUGGUCCAGGAGCGUGUUGCGGGGAGAGAAAGCUGCAGUGACGGGCAGCAGACGGGCUUUCUGCGAGGCUCCUCCGGAGAAAAUCAGUCGCUAUCCGAUCCCUUACAAGAAAGACCUGCCCUAUGAUAUAGUGGAGCUGAUGGAAGAAGUUAAGUCAAAGGGAGGCUUUUUACCCAAUGUCUUCAAAGUGCUCUCUCACAGGCCGGCAGAGUUCAGGGCCUUCUUCGCCUACUACAAUGAACUCAUGAACAAGGAGACAGGCAGCUUAACCAAGGCAGACCGUGAGCUGAUCGUCGUGGCAACCAGCAUCCACAACAAGUGUCUUUACUGUGUGGUCUCCCACAGUGCACUGCACCGCAUCUAUUCCAAGAAUCCCACUCUCUCUGAUCAGGUCGUUGUUAACUACGAGAAUGCAGACCUCCCACCUCGGGAGCGCGCAAUGCUGGACUUCGCCAUGGCUGUGUGUCGCUCCGACACCAUCACGGAGCAGCAUUUCCAGUCCCUGGAGGACGUUGGCUUCGACCGCGAGGAUGCCUGGGACAUCGCGGCCAUCGCUGCUUUCUUUGCCAUGUCCAACCGGCUCGCCCACCUCACCGACAUGAGGCCCAACCCUGAGUUCUUUAACAUGGGCCGUGUGCCACGGGACAAGAGCAAGGAAAAGUGAGACGCGGUAGAGUGGUGGUACGGAUGGAUUGUCUGCAGGGCAGAAAGUCGUGUGAGGAAUACUGCAGCCAAAACGUUGUUCUUGUUUCCUUCUCUUUGUUCACGUGUGGUGAAAGGAGAGCUGUUUGAUCUGCCAACAAGCAAUGCAGGUUGUCCACAGUCAGGAUGUGCUCAGAUCAUGAUUCAGUUCGGCAGGUUGACCGACCAAAAACCCAUGAAUCAGCUCUUGCUAUUGAUCCUUAGGUAAAUGCCGAACAUCACCCAGGAGUCUCUUUCUGCAGUUUUUCUUGGGUUGUUGAACAUUGUAGCUUUCCUGCUGACUCUUUGCUCUUGAAUGUGUUUCAUUUCUGUUCUGAUGCUAAUGUCACGUGAAAGACUGCCUUUAAAAACUAGUGAGCACUACGCCGAUGGAGAAGCAUGCAUGAGAUGCUACGAUGAUGUGAGAUUAUUUACUGGUGUAUUUUGGAUUUAAAUUUAACUAAUCUUUCCUCUGUUCUGUUGUAGAAGUUGUGUUCAUUUAUUUCCUUUGGCAUUUAUACAUUUAUGUGCUUAAUUUGACCAUUUUCACAGUUUGACUGACAAAAAUCCUUUGUUGUCUUUAGAUGUCAGAUGCUAGAGAUGGUUUAGGUAUUAGAAAUUAAGGUUCAGAAAAUAGUUUUGUGUUAAAGCUAAAACUAUAAAAACAUUUGAGUAAAGUCUGCUGCUUGUUUUUGAGUUUCACCGUGUUACUCUAAUUCACAGUUUAAGUUUAAAUGUCGAUCUGCUUUCUGAAAUCUUAUGUUUGUCUUAUUAAAAUGGAAAUGUGUAUUCAA